AGUAUCAAACCGUUAAAACUACAAAUUAAAAUAAAAAAUAAAAAAUAAAAAAUGGGAGGUGUACCAGACGAACUAUGGAGACAAAUUCUGGAAAUGGGAAUCCAAAAUUCCAAAUUGAACUACAAAGAUCUGUGUUGUAUCUCAAUUUCCUGUAGACGCCUCCACCGUUUAUCCGCUGAGAACUCUCUUUGGCUCCUCCUCCUCUCCUCCGAUUUCCCUUCUACAAAUCAACAAAACCCCAACCCCAACCCCAACAGUUCAACUUCCGCAUCAGCUAAAUCAACUUAUAAAAUCAAGUUUGAGAGGGAGAAAUCGAGGAAGGUUGCGGCGCAUAGAAGGGCGGUGCUAAGAAAGGAGAGUGAAGUUUUGGAGUUUGAAAGGAAAAUAAAAGAAAUUGAGAAUGGCUUGCGUCAAGAGACGGAGAAAAUGAGAGCCACGGCUGCUGAAUUGUCCAAUUUACACAAGGUCAGGCAAGCUUCUGUGGCUCUGAAUGUGUGGCAGCCGGAAGUUAUUAGGGGUAGGCAAAAACAAAUAGUGGAGCAGAGUGCUGUUCCAGUUGAAUCUCGGGUUCAUUCACUUGAGAUGGAACUUAAGCUUUGCAGGCAACGGAUAUCAGGCUUUGAUAAGGCUUAUAGAGAUGAGAAGCGGAGACUUGAGAUGGCAAUGGAACAGGUGGCGUCCAUGAAAUAUCAUCCAUUACGAGAUCAUAAGUUGAUGAGUAGUGGUGACAAGGAAUGUAAAAAAAAGAGGAAGAAGUUGAAAACAUCUGUUAUCUGACUUGCUUGUAAAACAAUCUCUAACUGCCUUUUUAAUUGUCUCUGCAGUUCCUGAAAAGCAAUGGUAAAACGUCAAAGCAGUGGAGGAUUUCACAAACAACCAACAGCCUGGCUGGUACUGCCAUGGAAGAAUCUCUAGUUGCUACAGUUCUCUGUCUUCUCCUUGAUAGAGUUGCAGAACUGGAUUCUCUACUGGGCUCUUGACAAGCUUUGCUACAGGGGAUGCUGAGUGUGGGACUUGAUCCUGAGUCCGUGAGAAUGGGAAAUCGUUGUAGAAACCGGUUAGGGUUUCAUAUAUUAAGUUAAUAUUACAGUGUUAUCAUCUGUAUGCACAUGAAUUAACCUGUUAUCUGCUGGAUUUUAUUUUUGGUCACAAGGCUGGGUUGUUUAUUGAUACUCCAUAAAAGGAACAAUGUUAGAGGAUGUGGAUUUCUUGAAUUUCGUGAGCCAGUGUUGUGACAUUGAUUCUUGUCAACAUGAACAAGUACUUCAGUUCUACCGAGGCAGUAGCCCAGGUCUCGUGGAUGAGGCUUGCUGUCCCCUGCCUGAUGGGCCUGCAGCUAUCUGACGGAGAAUUUAGCUACCGGAGAAUUUAAUUAUUGGCUGCGGUUGCCGAGAAAGCUGUGAAGUAGGGGAAAGAUGAGCUACGUCGUCACUAAUGUCUCAAUACUUUAAUCAACGUUUAGUAAGUUUUAUGGUGAACGGUGUUUGCGCUCUGUUGUCUGGUUUUCAUUCCCAUCAAAACCUUUUAGACGAUGCUGCUGUUACCUUGUUAUCCAAGAAACACUACUCAAAGUUCUAGGGAUUCCUACUGGUGGA